GGGGACAGGGUGUGUGCUGUUCAGUUCAUGUUUGUUAGUCAAACUGACUGGAUAGUGUAACGCCCCUGACUUUCAGCCUCUAUAUAAGCACAUUUAUAUAUAUAUAUACAUAUACAACGUAUCUAACUCUCCAUGGAGCAGGAAUCACGGGAAACGACGUCUGCUGGUGGAGGGGAGCCUGUAAACAGGAUGUUGGACGGGGUUGAUUCGUCGUCGUCCGUUGAGCCCGACGUGGAAAACAACAAUAACGCACUUUCUGCAGAGAGAAAUCAUGUUUCCACCGUACCUCGAGGUCUGUUUCAGAAUGACGAGGAAGAUGAUGAGGGUGAGAGUGAUGAUGACAGUGGUACAGACCACUUUAACACUGAGAUAUCGGGGACACAGCUGCAGAGAUGUGAGCGUCAUGGAGGAGAGACGUCAAAUCUUCCUGACACCUUUCAGACCAGCCACCUGCUGCUCUACGAGAGGUUCAAGGCUUAUCAGGACUACAUGCUCGGAGACUGUAAGCCCUCCGAGGUGAAGGCCUUCACAGCAGACUACCUGGAGAAGGUGGUGGAGCCUUGCGAUUGGCAGGCUCUGUGGUGUACUAAUGUUUUUGAUGUUCUGGUGGAGGUCUAUGAUGUGGACCUGAAGGAUCUGAAGGCAUGCGUGAGGCUGGUGCUGCCUCUGCAGUGUGAUACCAGAGGCUGUGAACUCACAGAAGAGGCCAUGGAGUCUCUGCUGGAAGCCACCCAGCACAAAGUGCCACUGCAGGAGCUGCAUGUGGUCUAUGAAGUGUCUGGGGACUUUGAUCAGACUGCCCUUGCUCUGGAGCACCUCAGGUUUUUCUAUAAGCACAUCUGGAGGCAGUGGGAUGAGGAAGAUGAAGACGAUGACUUUGACUACUUUGUUCGUUGUGUGGAGCCUCGUCUCAGGCUCCACUACGACAUCUUAGAGGACAGAGUCCCCACAGGCCUGGUGGCAGAGUACCAGACCUUACUGGAGAAAUGCUCCCAGUGCUUCCAGCAGUUCUCUGCGCUGCGCAGUGGUCUUAGCCCUGACUCAGACUCUGAGCUGGACAACGUGUCAAUGGUGGAGGGUCUGAAGCUCUAUGACCAGCUGGAGACAUACAAACGUAAACUGCACAUCAUCGAGAACCCCCUGUUGAGGUAUGUCCUGGGCUACAAAGGUAAUGCCAGGCAGCAGUGUGUGCAGAGCCGUGGACCCAGACCAUCGGGUAUGAAGGUGGUCCAUGUAGUCACAGCCUCCUGCAGUACCAUGCAGCUACAGUCCCUCCUCAGUGCCAGACUGCUGCCUCUGUGCUCCUGUGGGGACACUGAGAUCCAGUUCCACAGAGAGCCAGUAUCAGCGGUGGACUCGUGCCAUCAGGGUGACGUGGUCAUUGUUCUCCCAGGCAUCUACAGUGUGAAUAGCUCCAUCUUAAUACCUGACUCCAUCACUAUGGAAGGCUUUGGCUUUCCUGAUGAUGUGGUGAUUGAAAAGAAAAACAAGGGCGACUCAUUUGUGGAGUCCACUGGAGCUGAUGUCAGACUGUCUAACAUUAAGUUCAUCCAACACGAUGCUAUCGAAGGAAUUCUCAGUGUCCGUCAGGGAACUCUGAACAUGGAGAACUGCGUGCUGCAGUGUGAGACCACCGGAGUUAUCGUCCGAACAUCGGCCCGUCUCAACAUGAACAUGUGUGACCUGUAUGGAUCCAAGGGAGCUGGUGUAGAGAUUUACCCCGGCAGUGUUUGCAGUCUGGUUAGCAAUGGCAUCCAUCACUGUAAGGACGGUAUCCUCAUCAAGGACUUUGCAGAUGAGCUGGAUGUCAUGCCGUCCAUCACGUUGGAGAAUAAUGUGAUCCAUAACAAUGAAGGCUACGGAGUGAUUCUAGUGAAGCCUAACACUGGGGAUCAACACAGAGCUCCUCUGGACAGCGGUGAAGAAGACCCUGCUGGACAGACAGCUGAAGACAGACAGCCAGGAGGAGUUUCAGAUCAUCCCCUCACGUCCACAUCAUCAUCAUCAUCAUCAUCAGCGGGCUCGACCACAGCAGCUGUUCAGCCCGAGUCCACAGAGCACAGCAACAGCACAGAUGGUGACUUGGCCCCCAUCUCAGGCAGGAAGUGGCAGUUUAGUCGUCAGCUGAGCAGAAACAAGGAGAUGUCCUGCAGCCGAGCCGUCCAGGAUCUUACUGACCACCAGAUCUUCGUCUCCAUUCAGGGAAACCAGUUCAAACGCAACGGCAUGGGUGACUUUGGCACCUUUUUCUACUGACAGUCACUUACACUAUCCAGAGUAUUCCUGUAUUUUAGCAUAUUUCACAUUCAUAUUUUAGCUGAUUUCUUGUGUUUGUUUGUCAAAUUUGUUUUGCUGCCUCACACUGUGCAGACAGUGAUAACAGGAGGUGUGUUGUGAUCAGUUGUACACUGAUUGUAUAUGUUUCUAACAGCACUUUGACCUUCUUGAAGUGCAGUAACAAUUAAUGGAUCCAUGUUUGAACUUUUAUCUUAUUUAUUCCUAUGGGCUCCUGAUGCUGAACAUUUUUAAUUUUUAAUGCAAUACUAGUUUGAAACCCACUCAUCACUUUGAAUGUAAUUUUGGUGGUUUGCCUUCAGAUCUAAUGAUGUUAUCCUGAAGGUGGUGGCUGGUUUAGGACUGAGCACUAAUGUUCACAGUUUAUCUUGAGUUAGAAGUGAUUUUCACACGGUGCCUAUGUGUGGUUUUUCUUUCUUGCUUUCCUUCUUUUUUUUUUAAGGUUGUGGGAGAAGCCCAAUGGAACUGAACAGUGUUGUUCGAUAGACAGAUUAUUCAAAUGUGGCAGUGUUUGGUUUAAACUGCUUCUUGUGGAAACUGUUAAUGUAAUGAAUUUCCUGCAGAUUAAAAAGUGUCUAUUGAAACCUCA